GCGGGGCCCCAGCCAUCCAUGAUGCACACGAGGCUGUUAUUCCACUAUCAGAUGGCAAAGCUGGAGAAUGCACUGAGGAACAGCACACAGAGGUUGCAGAAGCUGGAGAAGAACAUCCAGACCCUCUUCGGGUCGGGGCUGCAGCAGGCCCAGGAAAACAUAGUCCAGAGCCACACAACUCCUGUGCUGGAGUUGGACACCAGCCUCCUGAACCAGACCACAAACGAGACUGUCAAACUGACGGACAUGGAGUCUCAGGUCCUGAGCCAGAUGUCACACAUGGAGCGCCAGAUGCUGGAGACUUCGCUGACUACCGACAAGCUGGAGAAGCAGCUCCAGAAGCAGAGAGGCACACUGGACCUGCUGCACGGCCAGAGCAGUAACCUGGAAACUUGGCUGCACACCCUGGAGGAUGACCAGACGGUCCAGCUGGAGGCCCUCCACAGUGAGAAGAAGAAUUUGCGGCAGCAACUGGACCAACAUAGCAGCAGACUUGCACGCAUCCAGCAGGGCCUGGAAGCUCUGCGUAGUAACUCCAGCCUCCUGCAGCAGCAGCAACACCAGCUGCUGCAGAGCCUGCAGAUCCUCAAACGCAUGGUGGAACAGAACCCAGGUACAGCUGUGCAGGUGUUCCAGGACUGUGAGGACAUCCGAAAGUUUGGGCUCAAUAAGGAUGGCGUCUACAUCAUCUUAGUGCCCAGUCUGAACCAGACCAAGAGGGUGUUCUGUGUGAUGGACCCUGAGGGAGGCGCCUGGACCGUCAUCCAGCGCCGUGAGGAUGGCUCAGUGGAUUUCCAGAGGAACUGGGAGGAAUACAAGCAGGGCUUCGGCAACCCAGCGGGGGAACACUGGCUGGGCAAUGAGUUGGUGCACCAGCUCACCAGCAGGGCAAAGUACUCUCUGCGCGUGGAGAUGGAAGACUGGGACGGCCACACAUUCUACGCCAGCUUUGAGCAUUUCCAACUGGGCAGCGAGAAGCAGUCUUACAGGAUUUUUCUGGACAAGGAAAAUGGCAUGUCAUCUCCCCGGGGUCACCUGAUCAUAGGGAACAACACCUUCAGCACCCAAGAUGCAGACCAUGACAACUGUGCCUGCAAUUGUGCGGCGAUAAUGUCUGGAGGGUGGUGGUUUGAUGCCUGCGGCACCUCCAACCUCAAUGGCAUCUACCACCCAGCCGGUCAGCACAAGUUCAAGAUCAAUGGCAUCCGCUGGGACCGCUCCUCCCCUCACUCUGCCUUCUCACUCCGCACCUCUCGCAUGAUGAUGCGGCCCUUGCAAAGCUAGUGAGCACUGUGCAGAGGCCAGUCUAGGUUGUCUACAGACAAUAAGGCCAGUAAUAGCAUCUGCACCAUGCAGGUCCCUGAAGGUCAAGAGGAAUAUGCAUGUGACCCCCCCUCAGAAGACACUGGGUGCUCAGUGAAUAUGGAUCGUGCUCGUGCACCAUGGGAGAUGGACUUUUCUAGAGAUAAAACAUUCCAGUCUAAUGUCACAUGCGGCCCUGACUCUAUGGAUGCUCUCACCUGACCUCACUUGUCAAACAAGGUUAUUCAGAGGAGAGCCCAGAUUCCAAAUACAGAGUGGUCUUAAGUGGUGUGUGGCUAUGGUGCUGUGACUUCAUCCCUCUAGGAAAGUGGACCUCAAAGGAUGGCAGUGAGGAUGGAUGAUGUAAUGCGUGCAUGUGUGCGUGUGUGUGGGUGUGGGUACUGCAAAUGUAUAAGUGAUGUGACGGCUGUUUUGGGGUAAAUCGUGAGUCAUGCCCUAUGUGUGCAGCAGGCUGGAAACACCCAGGAGGAUGCACACAUUUGGGACAUGUUCAGGACCUGCUCUGCCAUCCUCCUCUGCCCACCCUGCCCCUUGCCCAGACUUUGGAGAAAAUCAGGACCCUUUAUCUGUCAGCACCAGUCUGGAC